AUGGAUCGUUCCUUCCUCACCGCAGACGUCGUCGAGCUCGCGAAUCAGCUCACCACCGAGGAGAAGAUCUCGCUCUUGGGUGCCCCAUCUUGGUGGGACACAAACAAGGUUGCACGCUUAAACAUACCAAGUAUACGUAUGAGCGACGGCCCGAAUGGUGUCCGCGGGAGCUCCCACUUCAAGAGUACCCCCGCUCAGUGUUUGCCGUGCGCGACGGCAUUAGCCGCGUCCUUCGACCGCGAUCAGGUCGCAGAAGUCGGCAAGUUCCUCGCCGAGGAGGCAAAAAUCAAGACAGCCACGCUCCUACUCGCACCUACCUGCAAUAUACAGCGCUCUCCGCUUGGCGGACGUAGCUUCGAGUCAUUCUCAGAAGACCCUCAUCUCUCGGGGAUGUUGGCAGCAGCGUACGUCUCUGGACUCCAAGAGAACGGCGUUGGAGCGACCAUCAAGCACUUUGUAGCCAAUGAGCAAGAAAAAGAUAGGACUUCACAGGACUCCGUCAUUUCAGAAAGAGCAUUGAGAGAGAUGUACCUCUAUCCAUUUAUGAUUGCUCAGCGCGACGCUAAGCCGAUCGCAUAUAUGACAUCGUACAAUCGUCUCAAUGGUCUGCACUGCUCAGAGCACCCUCGCCUACUCAUUGACAUACUGCGUGGAGAAUGGGGUUUCAAAGGGCUCAUAAUGAGCGAUUGGCAUGGAACGUACAGCACUGAUGCCGCACUGAACGCCACUCUGGACUUAGAAAUGCCCGGGCCACCUCGCUGGCGAACUCCGUUCCUGAUAAACCACCUCCUUAGCUGCAAGAAAGUGACAGAGGAGACACUCACGGAACGCGCCGCGAACGUACUCGCCACAGUUCAGAAGCUGGGCAACCUUUCCCCAGACAUCGUCUAUUCAAAUAACGAAGAGCAAACACGAGAGACACCAGAGAAUCUCAGACGGUUCUGUCGUAAAGUAGCCGCGGACGGCAUUGUUCUUCUAAAGAACGACGGAAAUCUCCUCCCACUCUCCACUAAGGACGGAAAAACGACGAAGGUGGCUGUUAUCGGGCCCAAUGCGCAGUUUAGUGCAAUCUCUGGAGGUGGAUCAGCUGCGCUCAAGCCCUGUUACGCUGUCACGCCUUUCGAUGGCCUUGUCGCAGGAAAGCCUGAGGGAGUCGAAAUCAGCUACAGUGUGGGGUGCUAUUCCCACAGGUACCUACCAACGCUGGAGAAUAGCAUGACGACCAAAUCCGGAGAACCCGGGUGGCUCGUUGAGUUCUUUGCCAAUACUGCACCAGAAGUUCCGGCAAACGAGCCAGUCGCAUCGAUUGCUCUGCACGACACGCGUGUCAAGCUCAACGAUUUCCUACCCAAGGGCCUAACAGACGAAUGGAGCCUGAAAUGCACAGGGAUGUUUACUCCGACAAAUGGUGGCCCAUUCGAGUUUGGUCUCACUGUGGCUGGGAGGGCGAAGAUGUUUCUUGACGGAAAGAUGGUCAUAGAUAAUUGGACAACACAGCGGCCCGGUGAAUGGCAGGGUACCGUAGAGGAAACAGGAGUAGUCGAACUCCAAGCGGGAAAACCUGUGGAGAUUGUUGUCACCUAUACCAAUACUCGCCCGCCGUCUGUGCAGGAGAAAAACCGGUCGCAGCCUGCGCUAAUGAGGGGUGUGCGGCUUGGUGGGGCUCCCUUGAUUGACAAGAAAGCUGCGAUCAACGAAGCGGCUCAGCUCGCUGCCGCCUCCGAUGUUGCUGUGGUCGUUGUCGGUCUUAACUCUGAUUGGGAAUCCGAAGGAUUCGAUCGUCCCAAUCUUGCUCUCCCAUGCGACCAGGAUGAACUUGUGCAUGCGGUCUCGAAAGCGAAUCCGGCAACAGUCGUGGUCAUUCAAUGUGGUUCCGCCAUUUCGAUGCCAUGGCUGGACUCUGUCUCGAGCGUUUUGCAUUCCUGGUAUCUGGGCAAUGAGACUGGAAACUCCAUCGCGGAUAUCAUCUACGGUUACAUUAAUCCCUCAGGAAAGCUCCCCAUUACCUUCCCCGCCCGUGAAGAAGACAUUGCUGCGCAUCUCAACUUUGGCGGCGAGCAUGGUAUAGUGCAUUACAGGGAAGACAUAUUUGUGGGCUACAAGCAUUUUGAUGCGAGAAAAAUCGCACCGUUGUUCAGCUUUGGUUUCGGCCUUUCCUAUACGAACUUCGAAUUACGCGAUUUGAGGGUCUCAACUUCAGGGCCUGAAUGCAAGUUUAAUGUCAACCUCAAGGUCAAGAAUACUGGGAGCCUGACGGGCUCAGAGGUUGUGCAAGUUUACGUCAGUUAUCCUAGCAAUGGCCGCGUACAGCAUCCAAUCAAACAGCUACGAGCGUUUCAAAAGGCCAAAGACGUCAAGCCCGGCGCGUCGACAGAGUUAUCAAUGGUGCUUGACAAGUACGCAUUUUCCUACUGGGAUGAGCCUUUAGCCAAAUGGAGAGUGGAUGCUGGAGAAUUUGCUGUGCUCGUUGGCACGUCGAGCAAAGACAUUGUCCUCCAAACCACCGUGACCGUCCAGCAAGGUUUCGUCUGGACUGGCUUGUAA